AUGCCCAGGAAAGCCAAGCACGCUGAGGAGGAGCUCUUCGACGAGGAGCCGCCCACCUCCAUCGAUCCGUAUGCCGUGCUCGGUGUUGACAAGGAUGCAACGCCCGACAAAAUCAAGAGCGCGUAUCGCAAGGCUGCCCUGAAGCACCACCCAGAUAAGGCCCAGGACAAGGAAGACGCCCAUGUCAAGUUCCAGGAAAUUGCCUUUGCCUAUGCUAUCCUCUCCGACGAGAGACGUCGAUCUCGAUAUGACAGGACCGGCCGCACCGAUGAAUCGGUCGACAUCGAGGACGAUGACUUCAACUGGGCAGACUUCUACAAGGCUCAGUUUGAGGAUGUCGUGAACGAAGCGGCUAUCGACAAGUUCAAGAACGAGUACAAGGGCAGCGAUGAAGAAAAGGGUGACCUGAUUGCGGCGUAUAACAAAUUCGAAGGAAACAUGAACAAGAUAUACCAGGUCGUCAUGCUCAGCAAUCCGUUGGAAGAUGAGGAUCGUUUCCGUGGUAUACUCGACGCGACAAUCGAGGAUGGCACCAUCACUUCGCAUAAGAAAUACGCCGAGGAAUCUGAAGCCAGCAUUGAGCGUAGGAAGAAGUACGCUAGGAAGGAGAAGAAGGCGGCCGAGAAAUAUGGAAAUGAGCUGAACGAAAAGAAGAAGUCGAAGAAGGCAAAGGGUGACGGCGACCUUGGCGACUUGGCAGCACUUAUCCAACAGCGGCAAAAGGGCCGUGCCUCUACUUUCCUAGAUAAUCUCGAGGCAAAGUAUGCCCCGAAGAAGAGAUCCACUCCGAUGGAUGAACCAUCCGAGGAAGCCUUCCAGCGGACCGCAUCACGAGCCAAGAAGGGCAAGAAAUGA